CCCCUUGCAGGUGCUGAGAAGAGCUGUCCGAGUACUGCGGGUCGCAGAAUGGCUGGAGAUGACUAUGAGGAAAUUCUCAAGUACUAUCAAUUACACGAAACAAUCGGCACAGGUGGGUUUGCAAAGGUAAAACUUGCGCGACAUCGUCUUACUGGUGAAAAAGUUGCAGUAAAAAUCAUGGACAAGCUUGCUUUACAGGAUGACUUGCCUCGUGUUAAAUUAGAAAUUGAUGCUAUGAAGGACUUGAGUCACCAGCACAUUUGCCGGUUGUAUCAGGUGAUUGAGACACCCAAGAAAAUAUUCAUGGUUUUAGAGUACUGUCCUGGAGGAGAGCUGUUUGAUUACAUAAUUUCUAAGGACCACCUUUCUGAGGAGGAAGCUCGCCUAUUUUUUCGGCAGAUUGUUUCAGCAAUUGCUUAUGUGCACAGUCAGGGAUAUGCCCACAGGGAUCUCAAACCAGAAAAUUUGCUGAUUGACGAGGAACAUAAUCUGAAGCUUAUAGACUUUGGACUUUGUGCAAAGCCAAAGGGUGGCCUUGAUUACCAUCUGAACACCUGCUGUGGAAGCCCAGCUUAUGCAGCACCAGAGCUGAUUCAGGGCAAAGCAUACAUUGGCUCAGAGGCAGAUAUUUGGAGUAUGGGAGUACUGCUGUAUGCUCUGCUAUGUGGCUUUCUCCCCUUUGAUGAUGAUAAUGUCAUGGCUGUCUACAAGAAGAUCAUGAGAGGAAAAUACAGUACUCCAAACUGGCUCUCUCCAAGUAGUACACUGCUCCUUGACCAAAUGCUGCAGGUCGACCCAAAGAAGCGGAUUACGAUCCAACAGCUGUUAAGUCACCCUUGGCUCAUGCAAGGAUUUUCUGAUGCUGUUCAGUGGCAAAGUAAAUACCCACUGGGACAUCUUGAUGAGGACUGUGUAACAGAGCUUUCUGUGUUUCAUGAGCAGAGCAAGGAGACUAUAUUACAAUUAAUAACAGAGUGGAAAUAUGACCACAUGUCAGCAACAUAUCUCUUGCUUCUAUCCAAGAAGGCUCGUGGCAAGAGUGUUCGUUUAAGGUUUCCAUGUCUAACAAAGCACGCCAGUACCAUGAUGUCGACAGGCCUUGAGCAUUCGAGGCCUGAUGCCCAGCUGGAGGAUACAGAAUUCAUACUGUCAACUCCAGUGACAAGAAAAGUGGCAUCAAAGAAGCAUAAAAACAAAGAGAAUGUUGAGACAGUGUCAGCUAUAAGAAAUGAAGUACCCUUUGCACUUACUGCUCCUAAGAGUCCUUUUGCAAAGAGUCAGACUGAGACACAGGUACAAGCCGUUCCCCUUAGGGCACCUCCUUUCAAAGAGAGUCAGUUGACUGCAGUCACUCCAGUUAAGAAGCCCACUAACCCAACAAAUGCGGAUGAGUUGGCAUCCGCUGAGAUUCUUUGUGAGGGAAGGUGUCAGUCAGUGGAAUUAGAUCUCAACCUUGCACAUGUGGAUAGCAGCCAAAAGAAGAGAAAAGCAAAAAUAUUUGGAAGUCUUGAAAGAGGCCUAGAUAAAGUGAUCACAAUGCUUACACCAAGCAAGAAGAAACGAUACACUAGAGACUACCCAAGAAAACUUAAGGCGCAUUGUAACAUUACCACCACUCAUCUGCUGCAACCAGAUGACCUGUUGAAUGAAAUAAUCAUUGUUCUUUCAAAGAAGCAUGUGGAAUAUGUUCAGAAGGGUUAUACCCUGAAAUGUCAAACACGAUCAGAUUUUGGUAAAGUAACUAUGGAGUUUGAGUUAGAGGUAUGUCAGCUCACUAAGCCUGAAGCGGUGGGUAUCCGGCGACAACGACUUAAAGGUGAUGCCUGGGUCUACAAGAGGCUGAUAGAAGACAUUUUAUCUAGCUGCCAAGUGUGA